AUGCCGACCACCAGCAUGAUGGAGAUGGAGUCCACUGCCGAUGCCCAGAUGAUGCAGGAUGUCCUGCCCAACAGCGCUACCGCUACAAACAGCGAGGCUGUCUACCAGGGCUCCGACGCUGCUGCUGCUGCUGCGGCCGCCGCUGCCCACCGUCGCGGAUACCAGGCAUGCGACCCGUGUCGUAAACGCAAGGUCAAGUGCGAUCUUGGAAGCGUCGAUAACCCGCGUCCUCCACCAUGCGUGCGAUGCCGCCGCGAAAGCAAACGAUGCGAAUUCUCCGCGACCAGGAGGAAGCGCAAGGCCUCUGAUGCCACCGACCACGAACCAGACGGUCCUCUGCGGCGCGAUAGGCGCAUGAUGAUCGGCGAGGUGUCCUAUAGCGAGUCGCCAAGUAUAGGAAGCAACGGGAACAACAACGAGUCGCCGUAUGCGCCGCCUUCGUCUGCCUCGUAUGAGGCGAGUGGAGGAGGCAUUACAAAGCCGCAAUGGCCUGAAACUUCUCCUUCGUCCUCUGUCCAUCGCUCAGCGUCGGUCGCCCAGAAGGAACAUUACCAGCCCAGCGCUCAGCCGGCGACACACUUCCGCGACGCGAAGAACGUGCAGCCGUCGGGGACAUACUCGAUGCCAAGUCGAGCUUCAGCUGGGAUAGAAAGCAGGCAGCACGUCAUGAACAAGACCGCAGCCGAUUUGCUGUUCCCCACCAUUUCUAACACCCAUGAUGCUUUGCACCUGCUGUCCGAAGCCGCGGGGAGGACAGAGGAUUUGAAUCGCCAAAACCUGGAAAACCAAGCACGUCAAUCCGGUGCUUCAUAUGGCGGGCAAAUCCCAACGGGCCCCGGGGUGUUUUCGAGAAAUGCCCGCCACUCGUAUACCAAAACUGAGCACUCUACCGCAGCGGAAGGAUAUGCCAAUACGCAUGGUUCAGAUUACCGGAAGCACGGUGUGAGCCCGACUCAGGAUCCUGGCUACCUGGACGCUGUGAAAGCAUGGUCUCGCCUGCGAUUCGUUCGCGCCGGAUGGCUUACUGUAGAAGAAGCCAUGGCCUACGUUGCAUAUUACUAUAAACAUCUCGCUCCACUAAGCCCAAUCGUGAUUCCGGAUUUCUCUCCACCCUCUACUCACCGAGCUUUGCUCACCGACGAACCUGUACUGGCAGUAGCGAUGCUGACAACCGCUUCGCGCCAUAUGAAGCCGAAAGGUGAUGGUUCCCACACUCGAGGCUACUAUAUCCACGACCGGCUUUGGGCAUACCUCCGUGGAAUGAUUGAACGUCUGUUCUGGGGACAAGAGAAAUUCGCCGGCAACUCGGUCGGAAUGAGCACCCCUAGGUCUCUUGACAUCGGACCCCCUCCAGCAUCGGCGUCUUUACGAGGCAACCUACGCUCUCUGGGCACAGUAGAAGCUCUCCUUAUACUGACAGACUGGCAUCCGAGGAACCUGCAUUUCCCUCCUGGUGAUGACGAGAAUACUUUGUUAGAUACGGAUGCCCUGUUACAGACACGUGGUGACGGAGACGGCGAAGGUCGAAACCAGCCUGGCGGAGGUCUUGAAGGGCGGCUUGCCUUUCAGAAAUGGCUGGAGCCCACAUGGCGCUCAGAUCGAAUGUCAUGGAUGCUGCUGAGCACUGCGCAAGCCCUGGCCUUUGAGCUGGGCGUAUUUGACCUGAAGGAUCUCAGCGGCCAGGAAUCUGUCGAAGAGCAAAUGCGCAAACGCCGAGUGCGCCGGCUCAUAAUUGUUUAUAUCACGCAAAGCAGUGGGCGGCUUGGUAUUCCUUCAAUGCUGCCGCUGGACAAAUGGAGCGGUGAUAUUGAACCACUAUCCCCGCAAGAUGCUUCUGAUGUCGACCUUUCCACGGAUCGGAUGCAGGACCUCUGGGUCCAGAUAUCAAGGAUCAUGUCUCUGAGCAAUUCAGACCUUUUUCCAUCCAAGGAGAAAUCAUCGGAGCUCAUCCAGACUGGACGUUAUAAGGAACGAAUUGCCGAGUUCAUUCCGAGGCUACAGGCUUUCAAAGCCAACAUGGAGAGUGUUCCUCUGUCUCCUCAAAUGCGCAAUAUCUUGGCUAUCGAAUACGAAUACACCCGUGUCUACGUCAACUGCUUGGCAUUGCAGGCAGUGGUGGAACGGUGGACAGCAAUCAAUAAUGAACCAUCCAACAAAUCUUCCGCCUCCGGGUCCCUUCGGGUGCUUAUGGAGCUCUAUCGUGUCAACGAGAAGUAUAUUCAAGAAGUGGUGGAUGCUUCGCGGAGGAUCCUUUCAAUUGUGCUCGAAGGCCUCGUCCCGGGGGAUCAUCUGAAGCAUUGCCCUGUCAGAACAUUCUUCAGAGUCCUAUCCGGGAUGAUUUUUAUUCUCAAGACAUUUACUCUGGGAGCAACCGAGGACGACGUUCGUGUGUCAUUAGCUCUGCAAGACCGAACUAUAGAAGCUCUACGAACCUGUGUUGUUGACGAUGUUCACCUUAGCAAUACGAUUUCUCGCCUAUUGGAGCUGCUGACAACGAACAUCCGCACAAGGUUUCUACGGUUCGCACCAACAGAUCGAGGCGUUGAUGGCGAGGGGAAUGAACGCAAUUCUCAACCAGACUCGCGACUUUCGUCUCCCAGGCCGACCAAGGACAACCCACAGAUCCGUAGGGAAGCACAUCACCAAUGGCCACAUCCACAGAAUACAGGCCACAAUGUUAAUUAUCAUGUUGACCAUACCAAUCAACCCGUCACAAGCUACCAUGACCCUUUAGCAAAUAUCCCGGCUCAGCCCAUCAAUUCGUCUAACAUUGGGGUUUCCUUUAUGCCACCUCCCCCUUCGGUUUACCAUAGCUAUUACGACCCCAACGAUACACCCCCGAAGCUUGACGAGCCCGCGUCAAUGGUGCACGAAGGUGGCCUCCCUGACUGGUUUGCGUUACCACUGGAUCAAUUCUUCAACAAUUCUACGGGGGCAGUUGAUCAGGGACUGGGAGGCACUGGCCCGAUGCUAGGAGAAUUCGAUAUGCUGGAAGUUCUCCUCAACGAGGGCUACGAUAAAGAUGGACAUGCUGGCGGCUCUGCUGGUGGCGGUGGCGCUGCUGAUGGUGCUGAUCCUAUGCCGAGCAAUGAUCACCCUUCCUUCAUUUGA